AUGAACCAAUUGGAAUUCUAUUACUGCUUCCUCGCUUAUAUUCUUCAUUACCAACUGUCCUUCUCCUACUACAGCAUCACCACUCAAUCGAAUUGGUCAAGUAAGUCAACUUCCUAUUACUGUUAUUACUACCAUUUUCAAAUGAAUAUAUCCUUGAUAAGGCUUGUUAUUAUACAAGCACAGGGUGGAUUUAUUGAGAUAACUUAA